ACCUAUUGUUUUGUUAACCCGUUCGGGUUUGAUGUUCGAACAAAUAAGCCUACCUAAUUCGAAUUUCCUUGAGCAGUUUUGUCACAUGUAGCAUUGUAUGAUGUCCAAUACAUUGCAGUCAGUGAUGAGUAAAAUUAAUAACAAAGUGAAUAUACCUGUGACUUGACAGGAAAGAAAAUGUAUGGAGAGUGAAGAUUAAUCUUGACUACAAAAUCCUCAUUAACAUUUACAUGUCUUUCACUUUUAGUUCUACCUGUAGUUCUAUUAUUAUUUUUUAUCAAAUCGCCUGAAAUGCUCAAGUUAUUGAAAAAAAGUGUGGUAAGGUUUUCGCGACACAGAUGUAGCAUUCCGGAAUGUAAUCCUUUCAUGUGUAUUAGAAAGGAGUUUUUCAGCAGUGCAAGUGACAGGUCUGCUAAGAGAUUUGAUGUCAUUGUUGUGGGAGGGGGGCAUGCAGGGACCGAGGCGGCAUGCGCUUCUGCCAGGAUGGGAGCACGAACCUUACUCCUCACACAUAAAUUAAACACCAUAGGUGAGAUGUCGUGUAACCCGUCCUUCGGGGGGAUAGGUAAAGGCCACUUGAUGAUGGAGGUAGAUGCGCUGGAUGGAGUUUGUGGAAGAGUUUGUGAUAAAACUGGUAUCCAUUACAAGAUGCUGAAUAGAGGAAAGGGGCCAGCUGUGUGGGGUCCCCGAGCCCAGAUAGAUCGAUUAUUGUACAAAACUGAGAUCCAGCGGGAGGUGCUGACCACUCCAAACCUGACGGUGAUGGCGGGGGCUGUGGAGGAUUUCAUACUGGGGCAGAGUCAUGACCCAGACCUCAACUCUGUGAAACGGACCUGUUCCGGAGUGAUACUAGAGUCGGGCGAGAGAGUUUAUGGAGGGUCAGUUGUCUUGACGGUGGGGACAUUCCUGAAAGGGAUGAUCCAAAUUGGUCUGGACCAGUUCCCAGCUGGUAGGAUGGGAGACCAGCCUGCUAUAGGGCUGGCCAAAAGUUUGGAGGAUGCUGGCUUUGCUAUUGCAAGACUGAAAACAGGAACUCCUCCUCGGUUGGAUAAGGAGUCCAUAGAUUUCAGCAAGACAGCAGUACACAUGGCUGACAAUCCACCGCUUCCAUUUAGUUACCUCAAUACAGAAGUGUGGAUGAAGCCUGAAGAUCAGCUGCUUUGUCACAUGACUCAUACUAAUGAGGAAGUGGACAGAAUUGUCAUGGAAACCAUGCAUCUCAACAGACAUGUGCAACAGGAAGUCAAGGGUCCAAGGUACUGCCCCUCCAUAGAAUCCAAGGUUUUACUGUUCAAAGGAAGAAAACAUCAGAUAUGGCUAGAACCAGAAGGCUUAGAGAGUGGAAUUAUCUAUCCACAAGGAAUAUCCUGCACAAUGCCAGAAGAACACCAGCUAAGACUAGUCAGAGCCAUCCCUGGUCUGGAGAAGGCUGUCAUCACAAACCCAGGUUAUGGCGUGGAGUAUGAUUUCAUGGACCCCAGGCAGCUGAAACCAACACUAGAAACAAUGAAAAUACAAAAUCUCUUCUUUGCUGGACAGAUUAAUGGAACUACAGGCUAUGAGGAGGCUGCUGCUCAGGGCAUAAUAGCCGGAAUCAAUGCUGCUGGCAGACUACAGGGAAAGCCUCCCUUCACUGUCGAUCGUACGGAGGGUUACAUUGGAGUUCUUAUAGAUGACCUCAUUACGCAGGGAACCAAUGAACCAUAUCGCAUGUUCACAAGUCGGUCCGAGUUUAGGUUGUUCUUACGACCAGAUAAUGCAGACAAAAGACUUACUGCAAAAGGGUAUGAUAUUGGGUGUGUUAGUCAGCACCGAUAUGACCAUAUGUUACAACAGUAUAGAGAGAUUGAGGAAGUCGUUGAUAAACUACAGUCUACAGUCAAACACAUGAGGCAGUGGAAAAGAUUGCUACGUCAACCAGAGAGUGCCAAUCCGAAGCAGUUCAGUGGAUUUCAGCUAUUGUCAAUACCUGACUUUACAGUAGAAGCAAUAGCUAAGGCACUGCCGGAGGUGUUUGGAGAUAUUCAUAUGAACAGACACAUUUGCCACAAGGUCUUUGCAGAAGGGUUAUAUGCUCAGGAGAUAGACGAGCAGAUGAACCAGAUACAAGAGAUCCAGAAAGAGGAACAACUCCAGCUACCCAGCCACAUAGAUUACCUCAGAUUAAACGAGAUUCCUCUGGAGGUUCGAGUAAAACUGGAUGAUGCCCGGCCAGCUUCUAUUGCUGCAGCCAGUAGAAUCCCGGGAGUCACCCCACUAGCCUUGUUAAAGUUGUUGCAAUUUGUGAAAAAAAGAUUGACAAAACCCCACAGUGCUGGCACAGGGGGAUGAUGAAAGAAAGUCUAAUUAAAUUAUUUUAUCUUGA